AUGAUAGAUACGCCGUGAUACGACGGCCGUUCACACUGACGGGAGGAAGUGCGUAUCAGUCCAGUUCGGAGCUCCACAGUGUGCACAGGUCCUACAAUGCGUGCCAGCACCGCUCUCGUCUUCCUCACCUUCGCUUGCAUCCAACUGGCAUGGUGCUGCGAGCCUGACCAGACACACAACGGGUGCAAGAUAUACGGAGCAUCGUGCACCUGCGGCUACGGGUGCCGUACCGAGUUCAUCUACAGGACACGGAGAGCUUGCCUCAAUGCGCUGAGAGAGAGGAGUUCAAACGUAUGCAGCCGUAUGCCGUGCCUCAGGGGUAACUGCAUCCAGACGGUGCAGGACCCAGGAUUCACGUGCAAGUGUGAAGGCACAGGCUUUUAUGGCCAGCGGUGCGAGAAAGCAUGCCCCACGGUGCCAGUGCGAGGAAUGGUGUUCCCCCACGAGUGUAUCGUCAUCUGAGCCAUGGACGACAGGAGCCACGCAUUAUAUUUAUUUAGUCAUUAAAGCUUAGCUUUGUGUACACUGUACAGUUAAACCCUAUCAUUACAUAAGUUAUAACAAUAUUUUAUCAGAACUAUUUUAUUAUUUCACAAAAUAAACUUUAAAUAAAUAGCAUUGUUUGUA